GUCUCAGGGCGCCAGAAUAGAAGCUUUAGCGCCGAGUGGCAUCUCCGGGCAGCGGCAGCAGCGGCGCCGGCACGUUGGCGGGGCGGCCGCGGCUGGGCACAGGGCGCUCUCCUCUCCCGUCGCUGCCCCCAUGCACCCCCCGCCUCCCGGCUGCUCCGGAGUGCGUGGCGCUGCUGCGGGGGAGGCCGUGAGCGAGGGCCGGGAAGGGCUGUAUCCCAGAGAUGGAGGUAAGUUGCUUAACACUAAAAGACUUGAUCAGCCCAAGACACACAAGAAUCGAUCUGGUAGAUGAAGAUGGGAAAAAUGCACAAAAGGAAAACAUAUUUGAUCAAUCCAGAAUGAAUCCAAAGACUCCCAUGAAAAAUGAACCAAUUGAUUUAUCAAAGCAAAAAGGCUGCACCCCAGAAAGAAAUCCAAUUACACCUGUUAAGCUUGUCGACAGACCUCUGGCAGAUCCAUGGACCCCCACAGCUAACCUGAAGAUGCUUAUUAGUGCUGCUAGCCCUGACAUGAGGGACAGGGAAAAGAAGAAAGAGCUCUUCAGACCAAUUGAGAACAGUGAGCAGAAUGAUGCUUUUCCUGAUUCUGUACAGUAUGAUAUGGUAGAUGAUGGCACAGUGGAUGAAUUUGAAAAGCAGAGACCCAGCAGAAAACAGAAGAGCUUAGGACUCUUAUGCCAAAAGUUUCUAGCUCGCUACCCAAGUUACCCUUUGUCAGCAGAAAAAUCUACCAUUUCUUUGGAUGAAGUGGCUUCUAGUCUUGGAGUUGAGCGUAGGCGCAUCUAUGACAUAGUGAAUGUUCUGGAAUCAUUGCACCUCGUUAGCCGUGUGGCCAAGAAUCAGUACUGUUGGCACGGACGACACAGCCUGAGUCAAACUCUGAAAAACCUUCAGGAAAUCGGAGAGCUCCAGAAAUACGAAGAACAGAUGACUUACUUCCAGCAUAAAGAGCAGGACCUUGAGUAUAAAUUUGGAGAAUGUAAAAAGGAGACCUUUCUGGAUUCCCAAGACAGACAGUUAUUUGACUUUUCGGAGGCAGAUUGCCCCUCUGCAUCUGCAAACAGCAGAAAGGACAAGUCAUUGCGGAUUAUGAGCCAAAAGUUUGUCAUGCUGUUCCUUGUUUCCAAAACCAAGAUAGUCACUCUUGACAUAGCAGCAAAAAUACUGAUAGAAGAAAGCCAGGAUGCAGCGGAUCACAGCAAGUUUAAAACAAAGGUACGAAGACUGUAUGAUAUCGCCAACGUUCUGACCAGCCUAGGGCUCAUAAAGAAAGUGCAUGUCACAGAAGAAAGGGGUCGCAAACCAGCCUUCAAAUGGAUUGGGCCUGUGGAAUUCAGUGGAAAUAGUGAUGAACUGAGAACUGAUGUUCCAACAUCUGCUGCUUUACCAGAACUGAAAAGAGGGGUGUGUGCCCAACAUCAAACCUAUGCUAAUGGAAAACAGAGGCUUGCACGGCAUGCUUCAUUUAACACUGUUCAGCCUUCUGAAGGGAUCAAAAGGAAGGUCAGCUCUGAACCCAACAGCCCACAUAGGGAAAGGCAAGCUUGCAUUGUAGGUUCAGAUGAAUACUGCUCCAAAAUGAUAAAUCUAGCAGCUGUCUGCAGACAGAAGAUGGAAAAGGAUACAAAGAGUAAAAUUUGUGCCACUGAAACAAUCUUAAAUUCAUCAAGGAACCCAGCCAUGAUCUCUCCUUUCUCUGUUCUUCCGGAUCCUGGGGACUCUGAUUUUUGCUUUAACCCCUUACCUCACCCAGUGUUUCCUGUUGCUCACUCAGACAUGUCACACUUCUCUCUGCCAAAUGGUAUGAAUGGCCAAGUUUUGCAGAUUCCCACUUUGGCAGCUUCCAAAACAGAGAAUGGGAAACCUGCUCUGCUCCCCAACCAGCCUUUUGUUUACCUCCCCGCUGCAUCUCUCUUCAUGCUAUGUGGCAGUCCUCAGGAAAGUCUGUCAACGGAGAACCUUCCAACUGCAGGAGAAAAGUGCAACAGAAGCCCUGAGGGGCAGGCCUCACCCCUAAAGCCACAAGCUGCUGUAUGUGCUGUUAACUGUCACAAGCGUAGUUCCCAGAAGUGUGCAUCUCUCUCCACGCCUGCAGCCAGCAUAGAGCCAGCUGCUAAAAGGAAGACUAUGGAGCAGAGUGAUGUUCCCCUCUCAUUGGUGCUACCCAAGAAACCUUUUGAGCCACCUGAUGUAGAACAUCCCCUGGGAAGCAGCUGUGCCUCUAAUGUGCAUCUAGGAGCUUUUCAUCUUGACUUAGGAACUCCUGCUGCUGAUGAGGCUGCAGAAGAGGAUACAACUAAACCUUUCGAUUCUCAGGAGCAGGAAAAGCAAUCUCGGAACAGAGACCUUGAAGAUUCCUCACAGGGAAAAGAGCACAUCUCUCAAGAAAAUACCAAACAACCCUUCUUUCCACAGUAUCUCUAUGUGCAGCCAGCUGCAGGAUUAAGUGGUUUUAACUUCCUGUUUUCUGCAAACCAACCCCCUGGUGCUGUUGGUCUGCCUGCAAGCCAGUUACCAUCUCUUGGUGUUCCCUGUGUGGUAGUGCCGUCUACAUCCUUGGCACCCUUCCCUCUUCUCUGUUCUCUAGCAAUCACCGGGCCGCUUUCUUCUGCUCCUCCUGGCUCUCUUCCAAACACUGCGUCCACGAAUUUCAGCAUGCCUGGCCUAACGUCGACAACGCCCGUCUGUAUUGGCACCACAGCAAUGGUUACUCCGAAGACCUCCAAAAUACCUUCAGUGGAUCCACAGCAGCCGGUUCCUUCUGCGGUACAUUUGAGCCCUAUACUUGGAAGAUCUUGCCGCACCGUUAAACUGGAAUCCCCAGUUUGUACGGGGCCUCCAGUCACCCUUCUGAAACUGCAACAGCCAUCAUCAACCCCACUUACUCCGAAGAGCAUUCGUCCUACACAUCACGAAGCAUUUUUCAAAACUCCCGGCAGCCUUGGAGAUCCAAUUGCAUGGAAGAAAAAUGAAGGCAACCAAACCAGAAAUGCCAGUUCUGUUCAGAGAAGACUAGAAAUCUCCAGUAGUGGCAGUGACUAAUCCAGCUCAUUGCAAAGGUGUGGUCAUAGUGUAAUAUGACUUCAUAGUUGUUACAAAAGAAGCAGCUAUCGCAUAACAAGAGGAGCAUGUUAAAAUAUCAUCCCUAUUGGCACACUUCCCUGUUGUGUAUUUGCCCACUAGUUCUUUAACUUUCUCUUUCAUGAAUCAUCCCUAUCACUGAAAUAUCUUUAUUAAUUGCUCAUUUAAUACUAGUUAGGGUUCAAACUUUGUGCACGGUGCAGCAAUGUGAGCAUCAAAUUGCAUUUGUGGUUUUAAUUUGAAAAAUAUCAUAUUGCUGUGAGGAGAUGCAAACAGACUUACUGGAGUCUCAUGGAGCUUUUUUGUUUUUUCUUGUUUGUUUGGGUGGUGGUUUUUAAAUGAGCUGUCUAGCACUUAUCUAGGGUGAGUGUUUUUUACAUGUCCUCUACUUACCCUGAGUAAAUCUGUGGUAAAAAACGAUAACCUCCUGCAGUUGUAAAAGCAGCGGCUUGCUGGGUUCCAAUCUGUCAAGUUCUGCCUCAGCAAUGCAGCCUCUUGUUAUUUAUUUUGUACAUUGGAAUGGGAUUUAGUGCAAAAUUUUUGCAGCCUCAAAAUAACAGAUUUUCUCAGGGUACGACUACUUGAAUAUUAAUUGGCUGUUGUACAGUUUUCCCUGCACUUGUUUUACAAAAGCCUAAUAAACUUACAGUAUGGAUGAAUGUAUACAUAUGAAAAAUAUUAAGACCAAAAUAACUGUGAAUCUUAACUUUUGUUGGUAGUUGUGUUAAUGAACUGUAUUAGUCCUUGUCUUGUGUCUUUUACUGGGCAACAUGUACAAGUUAAUUGACAAAUAGUCUAGAAGCUGGUUCCUAAAUAACACAAUCUGACUAAUUUGGGAAUAGUGAACCUUUGAAAUGUGUGUAUUAAGAUUUCAUCUCCAGUUGAAAUAUAUGGUCUAGAAUCUCUCUCUAAAGCCAGAUUACAGUGAUGAGCAGUUACUCACAAGAUUAGAUCCAGUUUCCAAAGGGAAUACUCGUGUGCAUAACUGUUCACCAGUGACAAUAGGGGGUUUUGGUAACUCUCAUUAGAAAGAAUAGUUAUCCAACUACGUUUUAAUAUGGCUGGAGAUUAAGAACAGGGACGGUCCCCCAUGAAUGGCAUGUUUGAAUACACUUGAAAAAUGAGAGGGUUUGCAUUUAGGCACAUAUAUGGCUAAAUUGUAGAAAGAGAAUAUCAAUGAGCAGGAGUCAUGAAUUUGGAAAGAGGGGGAGGUAGUUACCUUUAUUCCUGGAGGGAAGGUAGGAAUAAAGAAAGGCAUAUGUCACACUUAGCGUUCAGAGUCCUCAAAGAGUGGAAAUAAUGUAAUGGUUAGUACUGAUUUGAGAUAUUUUCACAAACUUAGUCUGCAAUUGUAUUUUUUCAGUCUUUUUUAAUAUUAUCAUGUUGUUUUGAGUUUUUAUCAGAAAUAUGGGUAGCCACAUCAGCUCUUUCAUGCAGUGAGAAUGUUGUGUGUUUACUGGUAUUGCUCCCUUGAGAGCAGUCAGUCUAGUGUGCUACUUCUCCAGUCUUGGGAGUGAAAGAUGUUGUUGUGGGUUUUUUUAUAAGGAAAUGUGUCCUUACAAUAUGGAAUUUAAGAAUGAAUUUUAGUGGAGCUGGAAGUGGGAGUACGGUGGCCUUAUGUUAGAAGUAGACCAAUAACAGCCUUAUAAGGAGGGAGUAUUUUAAUCCCUUUUGAAAAACAAAAACAACUUGAGAGGAGAAUUAUAACAGAAAAUUUCAGGUGUGGGGAAGGGAAACCUUACCACUGUCAAAACUUGUUUUAUUUUUUACACUACAGUUUUGCAAGUUUACAUGAUUGUAUUUGAUUCAUUUUUUUUCUUACACACCCAAUUAUAAAUUGCUUUCCAAAGUGAAAUGAAGUCUGUAGCUAACAUUAAUAGUGCCAAGCAUAAUUGCAGCUACUGAUGCUGUGAUUCUUCCUCAGCUAGUACAAGUCAGUACCUGUUCAGGCCUGAAACAGACUGCUAUUGUUCCAGAUUGUGAGACUAGUGUAGAUUCUCCGUACAAUCUGUUUGCUCCUGUACUUGUGAGCAGCAUGUUAGUGAAAUGGCAGUCUGGAAGGAGGAGGAGUGAUCUAAAAUAUUAAGCCUUUUUACUCCACAGUUAAAUCAUCAUUGCAAAGCCCAUCUCAUUUUGUCAGUAAGGGCGCUCUGUUUCAUGACUGACCUAAUUAUUCUUAAACAAACAGGGACAGAAAAUCUUCAGUUUCCAAUAUCUACUUCCACAUGUUGACUUUUCAUUAAAACACUGGGCCUGAUUCUGAUCUCAUUUUCACCAAUGCCAAUCAGGCAUAACUCUAUUGAAGUCAGUGGAGUUAGACUAAUUAUGGUGAGAGCAGAAUCAGGCCUACUUAGCUUUUGUAAUAUACAGAGAGUGCAAGGGUUGCUAGGAGGCUUGACGCUGUCCCAUUUAUGUCAAUGGCAAAACUCUCACCCAGGUAAAUAGGAGCAGGAGCGAGACCACUGUGGAGUGUAAAAUAACCUAUCAAACCAUGCUACCUGCAGAAGAACUUGCAGCAGUUACCCCAAAUCAAGUGCAGCAGACCUAUUUGUGGUAGUCGAGGCAAUGGCAGUCUAUACUUCCUCUUCCAUUGUGUUCAGUGAAACAAAUCAGCAAAACCGCGAAAGAGAAGCAGGAUUGGAAUUUGCACUGAGGAAAGUGCACGUGCACGAUAUUGUGCAGGGUUUGUGAAACCUUUAUGCUCUGGUACAAGUGU